AUGGGAUCCAACUGUUGCAAGAACGUUCGCGUAGCUGGUAUUUCUCAACCAGAACCGGUCAACACGAACAAUUCAGAAGAGCAGUAUAAACAAUCGAUAAUUUCCGUUCCGUUACCAAUGCCAAUAGAAUUGGAUACUGAUAAAAAACAUGCACAGUCAAAUUCUACAAAUCCUUCACAACAUCUGAACUCGAUCAAUCCUGAUAUUAAUAAUAAAAUUACUUCUCAGCUCCAUCUUCGAGAAGCUUUAAAUGAAAAUGAUCAGGUAGAAGUUCCAAAAGUAGUUACUUCGUCUCAAUUUCCACCUAUUCGACAAAAAAAAAAGAAUUCUGAAAAUGAACAACAAGAAUCUGCUCAUUCUGGACAAGCAGUGCCAAAAAAGACUGUUAUUGAAGAAACACACAGCCAAACUAUAACUGUUCGUUUACCGUCACUACAAAAAAUCAUUAAAGUCAACAACGAUAAUAAUCUAGUCGAAUCUGUAUCAGAUGAAAGUUAUUCAGAAAGUGAUCAAAAAGUUGAUGAUGAUUGGCGUCUACUGGCAGCACCUGACAGAGCUGGUUUCUACGAAGAAGAAAGAUUCUUCACAUCAACUCCAAUUCCAGCAAGUUCAGAACACUCGGAUUCUGAUGAAGAACAUUCUAAAAGUUUGAAUCAUUUUAUACGACCAACUUCAAAUAAUAUCGGCUCUGAUGAUGAACACACAUCUGCUCCGUUAAGUUUAAUGCAGAUUCUACGACUUCGAGAACAAAUAAGUUUAGACGAAUAUUUUAAACCUAAACCAAUUCCAGAAUUGCAACUUUCGUUACAGCACCUCUAUUCGAUGACCGAAACUGUGGACUUCCCGUCGAAAAAAUUGCAAAAUUUCGACUGUAAAAUUUCUCCGAAUAAUUCAUUUGAGGAAUCGACUAUUUAUUUAUCUGAUACAGCAGUCGUUGUCAAUGACAAGAAAGAUACCAAUAAUGAACUAGACGUCGUUCAUCCGGAAGCAUUCAACGAAGCUUUUAACGUAAAGCGCCAACAUGUUAUCGACAACAGUAGUUAUCGUUUGAUUAUUGAAGCUUGGCGUCCUACUUCGAUUGAGCAACUUAUCGAUCAGAUCAAAAAUGUUUCAAAAAAUAAACCGACUAUUGAUCGUCUUUGGAUUGUAUUCUACUGGAUUGCACGAAAUAUUGAGUACGAUACUGUACCAUAUGUUGGCAAAAAACAUGUUGAUAAAUCAGCAGAAGCAGUGUUUCGAACAGGAAAGGCCGUAGCUGAUGGUUAUGCCAAUUUAUUUAAACAUUUAUGUAGUGCUUUAGAUUUAUCGUGCGAGAAAGUGCACGGCUAUUCGAAAGCGUACGUCUUUGAUCCUAGUAACAGAUCAUCCGUGCCGAUCGAUCAUACGUGGAAUGCUGUUCAAAUAAAUCAACACUGGUAUCUUAUUGAUUUAACUUGCAGUGCUGGCUAUUUGGACAGCAAUUUGGUGUUUAAACGCGAACUGAAUUCGUAUUAUUUUCUUCCCCGAUCGAACGAAAUGAUUUAUCAUCAUUUUCCUACGAAUGAACUGUGGCAAUUGCUUAAACAGCCUAUUAAAAUGAUGCAAUACAUGCAGGUGCCUAAACUCUGGCCAAAAUUCUUUCAACUAAAUCUUCAACUGAUCCAUCCAAGUGACAUUAUACAUGUUGACCUAGUUCCACGCCAGCCCUAUGCAAUAGUACUGAUACAAGCUCCGCGCCGCAUUAGUCUUAUAGCUAAUUUCACAUUGAACGAAAACGAGAUCGAUGGUGGACAUCAAAUCGUAUUUGAUAGCCAAAAACGACUCUAUCGUUGCUAUUUUGCUCCAUCUUCGAUAGGUGUACAUAUCAUAAGUUUCUUUGCAAAAGACGACAGUACAAGUAAUAGUUCAUAUAGUCAUGUGGCUGAAUUAGAACUUGACAUCAGACAAAUGCCAUUGAAACCAAUUAGUUUUCCGAAAACUUGGAAAACGUUUUUCGAAUUAAACCUUGGAAUUAUUUGGCCGUGCAAUACACAUUUAAUUAAAAUGAAUCAUGGCGACACUCACACGGAAAUUAUUAUUCGAGCGCCAAGUGAUGUUGAACUCACCAGUCGACUAACUAUAGAUAGUAGUAUUAAAAUUCCUGGAGGAAACUGCACAUUUUUCGAUCGACGAAAAGGCAUCUGGCGGUGCAUGUUUGCGCCUCAUCGUGAUGGUUUAUUUGAAGCGUAUAUUAUGGCUAAAAGACGGUUAGAUCCCGGUAGUUUUGCAGUUGCUGCACGUUUCAAAAUAAAGGCGAAACGAAUUCCAAAACCACCCCUUUCAUAUCCGAAAACAUGGCAACUCUUUUAUGAUCUUGAUCUUCAAGUUGAAACACCACGGAAUAGUGCUACAGUUAUGUGGCCUGAAUAUGGUUCCUAUGCUCAAAUUUGUAUGAAAGCACCGGACGACGUGCGAUUGAUGUGCUGCAUAGAACAAAAUAGUAAUCGAAUAGAAAAUGGAGCAUUGACACAAUUUAAUAAUGAAAAACAACAUUGGCAAUUAUUCUUCGCUCCAGAACGAGCUGGUAAACAUAAACUAUUGGUUUUUGCACAGUGCAGUACUCCUGAUGGAGUCAUAUCAGGAAUUGCCGUUGAGUUUCAUCUCGAUGUCACACAACUUCGACAUCCAAUUAAAUUUCCAGUAACCUAUACAACAUUUCUAAGUAAAAAAUGUCGCAUACACGAACCUUUAGAUGGAAUUUUAAAACGUGGUGCUGUUGUUUGUAUUCAUUGUGAAAUACCCAAUGCAAAACAAGUUGAUUUAACUAUUGAUUCGAAAUGGGUGAAAUCAGAAGGCUAUCGAGAUUCAAUACUAAAAAGACAAAUUAUUGUUGGUUCAAAAGAAGUAAUUAUAUAUGCUAAAUAUGAUGAGAAUACGAUUUAUAAUGAACUUAUAAAAUAUACUGUUCAAUAA